CAAAACAGACAACACCAGCGGCACGUGUUGGUUUUAUCAUGGCGGCCCCCGCUAAAAAGAUGGUUGGUGUCUCUGACGACUCUAGCAGUAGUGACGACGAAGUGCUUAAAAGGUGUCAGGAGGCAGUUUGGGAAACACGAAGUGACAAGAAGAAAGAUGGGGACAGCAAUGUGCAAAAGUCAAAGCGUGUUGUUGUUGCUGACCAUGAACACGAUGGCAAUGAGCUCCAGGUCACCCAGGGGUUUCGAACACACGUCUCUAAGAAGUUGGGACAGCUUCUUGACAGUUCCAUUACAGUGAUGAAGGCUGAAACUUUGUCCUGUGCGGAAUCAGUGAAAUGUGCUGCUGCUGCUGCUGCUGAUGAUGAUGAUGAAGGCUUUCGUCUGUUUUCUACGUCAGUCCCGGGACGGAUGGCUGAUGAUCCUCCAGUCCCUGUGAGGCGUCGGCCUGCACCCAGCUCAAGUGACAGCGAUAGUGAGAUGGAAACGAGGCUGAAGGAGGCAGCGGUGUCCCUCAAAGAUCUUAUGCCCACAUUGUCAACGCCCCCCACACUCUCCACUCCCUCAGCAGAGCCUCCCUGCUCCGAAAAAAUCAAGAAAAAGAAGAAAGUAGUAGAGGGAGAGGAGAGCCAUGUUGUUAAAAAGAAAAAGAGGAAACGGAAGCAAGAAGAGAGUGAGCAGUUGGACUAUGCAGGUUCUCCUCUUAAUCAGUCAGGCAAUCAAAUAAAUGGUAAGCACGGGGACUCAGAGCAGGAACACACACAAGUUAAGGUAAAACGGAAAAAGAAGAAGAAGCAGCAACCCACAGAAGAAGCAGCUUUGAACUGAAUUUCUUAUGACCAAUCUUAGACUGUUUCUGGACGUUACUUUGUUAUCCGGUCUGCCAUAGUUUGUCACAAGCUUGAAAUAUAUUUCCCAAAAGAUUUAGAGGAUAUUUUAGAAAGCUGUGUGUUUCAGAACAUAUGAUGAAGGUAUACAGUGUAUACACAAAAACGUUUUUUUUUUUCAUUAAAAAGCUUUUUUUUAACUUUGUCAUGAAAGACAUUCAUUAUUGUGAAAAAGCGUUACAAGGCAGUGACAUAAAAAAUGCAGGUAACAUGCGGUUUACAAGUUUCAACUUAAUGUACAAUUUCCUAAACGUUUUAAUAAAAAUACAUUCUGGUGUUGA